GACUUGGGUUUUGUAAUCUGAAUAGACUGUUUACAGGAGGGCGUGUUUGGCUCCAGCACGUCUUCCUGUUCCCAGUCUGGGGGAAACCGAGCUCUUUCAUAAGCAAAUAUAGCAGUUAUUGCUCUGAUCGUUUGAAUAUAAUGUUUACCGUUCUGCUCAUUUGCGGAGGACUCGUCGGGUUUUACCUGCUGCUGUGCGUGACGGUGUUGCACCUGCCAAAAUGUAAAAGUAUGGCCAAGCUGCACGGGAAGACCGUGAUCGUGACUGGAGCAAACACUGGUAUCGGCAAAGCCACCGCGCUGGAUCUGGCGAAAAGGGGAGCUCGUGUGAUUCUAGCCUGCAGGGAUGAAAGCCGAGCUCGGGCUGCUGUCACAGACAUCCAGAGGGAAUCAGGAAACAAAGAGGUGUUGUAUAUGCACUUGGAUCUGGCCAGUCUGAAAUCUGUGAGGUCUUUCGCUGAAAACUUUCUCAAGAAAGAAUCCAGAUUGGACAUUCUUAUCAACAAUGCAGGACUUGUAAUUGGUGGCAAGACUGAGGAUGGCUUUGGAAGGAUCUUUGGCGUCAAUCACCUCUGUCAUUUUCUGUUAACCAUCCUGCUGUUGGAAAGGUUAAAAGAGUGCGGCCCCAGCAGAGUUGUGACAGUCUCUUCAAUGGCCCAUUGCUGGGGGAAAAUUGAUUUUGACUGCAUCAACACUCAUAAAGAUUUGGGUUUAGGGAAUUCUGCAGUGGCCUUAUUAGGGAUGUACAGUCACAGCAAACUCUGCAAUGUCCUCUUUAUGCAUGAACUGGCCAAGAGACUCAAAGGCACAAAUGUCACCUGCUACAGUCUUCAUCCAGGGGCCAUCAAAACGGACAUCGGUCGCCACAGCAAUUUAUGGUGGCGGCUGUUCAUGGCACCGAUUUUGCUGCUUUUCUUUUCGGAUGUGGAAUCUGGAGCUCAGACGUCUCUUUACUGUGCACUUCAAGAGGGUAUUGAACCCUUAAGUGGACACUACUUCUCUAGCUGUGCAGUGCAGAAUGUUUCUGCUAAAGCCAGAGAUGAUGCAGUAGCCAAAAAGCUUUGGGAAGUCAGCGAGAGGCUUGUUGGUUUAGCAUGAGAUCAUCAGUUUCAUUACACCUGUAUGGAUUUGCAAUUGCACAGUUUGUUUAGUGGCACCUGUGGGCAACUGUGUUAGAUAAAUCUGUGUUUCUGCAUAUUAUAAAAAGCCUGUGUCAAAUUUUGCAGUUCAUAACAUGCUCUGACCACAAAAAAGAGUUGUUAAUUCUUCUAAUAAAAAUGUUCUUUGAUUGUUUUACAGAUUGCGUUUGUGCAAAUAUCACUAAUUAGCAAACAUAUUUUGAAUGUAACCCAAACCGCUGUGUAUAUGAUACGUUUUCACUUCCUGAAGUUUAUGGGACCAGGUUUCCACUACAUAAAUCAUGUUUCUUUGUCAUACCAAAGUAAAGAAGUAACUCACUGGGUGUGUCUGGGGAUACCGAGGCAUUACUGUGCUGAAUGUGUCACCUCUCCCAGUUAGAGUAUGUUAUUGAUUUAGUAAAGGAACAGUAUGCAUCAUCACCUGUGGAUUGCAGGUGUCAAAAAUAC